CUCCAGUUCUCACUUUCUUGCUGAUCACAAAAUUAUGAUGGAUGUCAUCCAUUUUGGGAAGCUGCUACAAGAAGACAUGACAGAUAUACAAGACAACUGAUCAGAAACCACAUAUAUGUUCAACAUGUUGAUGCCCUUAAUUUGAUGUUCUUUAAAUGAGCAAACAGCCCCUAAUAAAGAAGAUAUCUUGAAGCAAUGUUGGACCUAUGCGUGAAGAUAGCUCUACGCGAACAAACUUUCCACAAUUGCAAUUAGAGUCAAAAAAGAUUUGAUAGUGUCACUGUGCCAGUAGAGUAAUGUAAUUUUCAAUAGCAAAAUAUCAAAGAUUGAGAGUACCUAACACAUAUAAAAUACUCCAUGGAAGUAUACCUAACACCGAAAAUAAUAUGUCAUUUUGCUUAGACAUUUACCAAGCCAUAGUUUUUUACUUUUUCUUUAUGCGGAAUUAAUGAUCCACCAAACCAUGAUUGGACUUCAAGCCAAGGAGUUCAUAUGUUCAAAAUAUACCCCAUAUAUAUUUCCACUCGAUCACAUAGCAAAAUGGUAUUCUUAUACUUGCGAGCCCGCCCUUAUUCAGCCAGCCAAUCUUCCCAUAAUGACUUUCUCUGUAAUCAGAUCAAGCAGAAGCCUAGUUAGGCCAUCUGAAAAGACACCACAAGGCACACUACUUGAUCUAUCUAUCAUUGAUAGACUACCAGUUCUAAGAUGCAAUGCUCGAACGUUGCAUGUGUUUAGGCAUGGCCCUGAGGCAGCACGAGUUAUAAGAGAAGCUUUGUCCAAGGCUUUGGUUCCUUACUACCCUCUUGCUGGAAAGUUGAAAGAGUCAAGCCAAGGUCAGCUCCAAAUUGAAUGCUCUGGAGAAGGAGUGUGGUUCGUUGAGGCGUCUGCUGAUUGUACCCUUUAUGGUGUCAAUUACUUGGACGAUGAUGUUGUAUCUAUCCCACAUGAUGAGCUUCUACCUGAUCUUAUCCCAGAGAACGAAGGAAUAGACCCACUUGUGCAAUUGCAGGUGACACAAUUUGCAUGUGGUGGUUUCGUGAUAGGCCUCAUAUUCUGCCAUUGCAUAUGUGAUGGCCUAGGGGCUGCACAAUUUCUAAAUGCGAUUGGCGAGCUGGCUAGAGGUGCUGAGCAUCUAAGCACUGCACCAGUGUGGCAAAGGGACUUUUUUCCACCACCACCUGAACAAGCAAAGGUCACUCCUUUGCCAAACCUACCACCACCAAUGCCCAACUAUACACUCAACCAUGCAAAUGUAGACAUAACGCUAGAUCACAUCAACCAGCUCAAGCAAGAAUUUCGUCAAUCAACUGGACACACUUGCUCUUCUUUCGAAGUUGUAGCUGCCAAAUUUUGGAGCCGUCGAACACGGGCUAUAAACUUUAAGCAAGAUACUGAACUCAAGCUUGUGUUCUUUGCAAAUUGCCGCCAGCUCUUGAACCCUCCCUUGCCAAAAGGUUUCUAUGGCAACUGCUUCUUCCCAGUGACAAUCACAGCUUCAAGUGAGUCACUCACACAGGCAUCAAUUUCUGAUGUUGUGAAGCUGAUCCAAGAAGCGAAGGCUAAGCUCCCAACUGAGUUUGACAAGUACUUGAAGGGUGAUUCUAUCAAAGACGGUGAAGACCCAUUUGCACCACCACUUGCUUACGCCACACUAUUCAUAUCAGAGUGGGGCAGACUGGGAUUCAACCAAGUAGACUACGGGUGGGGCCCGCCAGUCCACAUUGUUCCAAUCCAAGGCUCAAGCAUCAUACCAGUUGGUAUUGUGGGGUCCUUGCCUUUGCCAAUGAAAGGCGCUCGAUUGAUGACAUGGUGUGUGGAGGAGGCUCAUCGCCAACACUUCCUCAAUCAGAUGACGACUUGACAAUAACAUGAAUCUUCCCCGAAAAUGAUCCAAAAGUAAUUAUAAUGGUUUAGACCAUUUCGAAAUCCUUGAAUCCCUUUGCUUCCUUUAGCUACAUUAGGGAUAAAUAAAACAUGAAAUCAAGGUAUUUUGUGUAAUAAAUAAUAUGCCUGGUUGGAAUUGGCGUGA